AUGUGUUUUGGUAUUCUCCAAGCUUGUUGGGCACUUGUUAAGGGGAUUGCUCGUAUAUUUGAUAAAGAGGUGUUUCAUAGCAUUAUGAUGAUGUGCAUCAUCCUCCACAACAUGAUUGUGGAGGAUGAGAAUGAUUAUGAUGAACUAGAAGUGUUCAAACUCGACCCCAUGAAUAUGAGAUUGACAAGAAUUUAUGAACGGCCCAUAGGAGUAAAUGGACAACCCUUGGAGCACAAACCUUUGAUUAAGGACGAUUAUUACAACAACCAGAUGAUUGACCGUUAUACUGAAAUGCAAUCUUCUUAUGUUCAAGAAAGAUGUCAAGUUGACUUAAUUAAGCACUUAUACGGGAUGAAAGACAAUCACAGUCAAUUAAGUCAAGGAACAUGGUUCGUAACCAUGGCCAUGGUUUCCUGA